GUCCGUGUGCGGAGGCGCUCGGCGUUCUCCGCAGGACCGGCUGCGGGCUGGACGCGCCGGGAAGCGGAGCGGGAGCCCAGGAGGUCGGAGGCGGCUCUUCGACGCAGAUUCUCCCUGCAAUGAUCUUCGAGCCCAGCUGGCGCCCCGAGGUUGCUCCCGGAGCCUGCAGCAGUCCCCGCCGCCUCCCCCUUCCCUGCCCGCCCCAGGUCUGACCACCCCCAAUUGCCAGGCAUCGCCCCCCGCCUCCUAAUCGAAGAUGCCCGCCUCCACAAAGGCCUCCUUUCUCACGCUCCUCCUCCUCCUGCCCACGGUGGCCACCACACACUCGGACUGCAUCUUCAGGAAGGAGCAGGAAAUCUGUUUGGAGAAGAUCCAGAGACUCACAGCUCUAAUCGGCAUCAAUGAGUCUUCUCCAGGUUGCCCUGGCAUGUGGGACAACAUCACCUGCUGGAAGCCAGCUGGAGUGGGCGAGAUGGUCAUCGUAAGCUGCCCUGCGCUCUUCAGGAUCGUCAAUUCGGAGGAAGGAUGGGGCGUGGACACCUUCAGCCAGACGCACUUGGGCGACUUCGAAUCCGAAGACAACCUGAGCCCAGAUUCGUCGGACAUGGGGCUCGUCAGCAGGAACUGCACUGAUGAAGGCUGGUCCGAACCUUUCCCACACUACUUUGAUGCCUGCGGCUUCGACGUCAAUGAAACAGAAUCGGAAAAUCAGGAUUACUACUACCUGUCUGUCAAGGCGCUGUACACUGUGGGCUACAGCACGUCCCUCGUGUCCCUCACCACCGCCAUGGUCAUCCUAUGCCGCUUCCGGAAACUUCACUGCACCCGAAACUUCAUCCACAUGAAUCUCUUCGUCUCCUUCAUCCUGCGAGCCAUCUCUGUCUUCAUCAAGGACGGGAUCCUGUACGCGGAGCAAAAUAGCAAUCACUGCUUCGUCUCCACAGUGGAGUGCAAGGCUGUAAUGGUUUUCUUUCACUACUGCGUCAUGUCCAACUACUUCUGGCUCUUCAUCGAGGGACUGUACCUCUUCACUCUGCUGGUGGAGACCUUCUUCCCUGAGCGCAGAUACUUCUACUGGUACACCGUCAUCGGUUGGGGGACCCCGACCAUCUGCGUGACUGUGUGGGCAGUCCUGAGGCUCCACUUUGAUGAUACUGGCUGCUGGGACAUGAAUGACAACACUGCGCUGUGGUGGGUGAUUAAGGGUCCUGUGGUCGGCUCCAUAAUGAUCAACUUCGUGCUCUUCAUCGGUAUCAUUGUUAUCCUGGUGCAGAAGCUGCAGUCUCCAGAUAUCGGUGGCAAUGAGUCCAGCAUUUAUUUCAGCUGCGUUCAGAAAUGCUACUGUAAGCCCAAGAGGGUUAACCAGCACUCUUGCAAGAUGUCAGAACUGUCCGCCAUUACUCUGAGGCUGGCCCGCUCCACCCUGCUGCUCAUCCCACUCUUUGGCAUCCACUACACCGUCUUCGCCUUCUCCCCCGAGAACGUCAGCAAGCGGGAAAGGCUGGUGUUUGAAUUGGGGCUGGGAUCCUUCCAGGGCUUCGUCGUGGCCGUUCUCUACUGCUUCCUGAACGGGGAGUUUCUCCCUCAAGGUGCAAUCCGAAAUAAAGAGAAAAUGGCGCAGUUGGAAAGUCAACCGAUACUUUGCUGUGGACUUCAAGCACCGUCACCCCUCCCUGGCCAGCAGCGGGGUGAAUGGAGGCACCCAAUUGUCCAUUCUGAGCAAGAGCAGCUCGCAGAUCCGCAUGUCCAGCCUCCAGGCCGAGAACCUGGUCACGUGAGCCACUGAGCCGGAGCCGGAGAGCGCCCGCGUCCGUCCGUCCGUCCGUCCGUCCGUCCGCUCAGGCCCCCUCCCCUUUUCCGCGCUGACCAAGGGGGAGGGGGCGUGCAGGGAAGGACGGACGGACCUUUCUUUGUCUUUCCGUUGUGUUCUUCUUUUCC